AUGGCCGCAGAGGAUGUCGAUGCGAUGCUGGUGCUGGCUAGCGCCUUCGUCGAGCAGGAGGAGACGCUGCACGAGGUGCGCAGGGAGGUGUACGACAAGCUCGUGGAAGAGAAGUGGAGGAUCGCCAUGCGGACCAGGCACUACCUGACCACCCAGUGCCUGGACACGCCCUGCGACUCCGCGUGGAUGAUGUUGUACACGCGCGGAAGCGACAUCAACUUCCUAAACGCGACGAGCUUUACCAGGUCGGCUUUCCACCAACUACUGCGGCGCUUCAGCCGCUUUUACUAUAUCCCACGCAGCACGGCACGCGGGCGGCCCCCGAAGCUCCGACACUACCACCAGAUCCUGGGCCUGGUGCUGUGCUUCUACGUCGGGUCGAUGGAGCAGAGCUCCCUGUGUAUGAUGUUUGGGGCUCCGCCGAGCACCAUAUCGAGGACGCUACGCCGCGCCGAGGAAGCGCUGUCGCUGGCGCUAAAAGGCUACGCUCCUGCCAGAAUCUCUUGGCCCUCGCCUGCUCGCCAAGCCGAACUCGCAAAGCUUGUGGAAGCCCGCGAGCCGCUUCUCAAACACACAUUCGGCUUCAUUGAUGGGAAGAACUUAAGGGUUCAGCAGCCGUCGAAUGCGGACUUGCAGAACGCCAUGUAUAACGGGUGGUUGCACACCGUUUUCGUGACUGGCACAAUCUGCUUCGCAGUCGACGGCUGCAUCAUUUGGUGUAAGCACAAUUGCCCCGGGUCGUGGAACGACUCCGACACCUCCUUGGGCUUCCGUUCCAAGUUGCUCGACCCUACCCUCUGCCCGGACACACGUAUGGACGUGGUGUCGGACUCGGCCUUCCCGUGUUCGACCAGCAUGGUCGGUCGCAUCCUGACUCCUCUCAAAGAUGGCGAUCUCGAGAGGAUUCUCCCGUCGCUGAGAAGCUCCGCGCGGACGCUUCAUAACGCCAUCACGUCCGUGAGGCAGGCAGCGGAGUGGGGCAUGGGGAGCAUGCAAAAGGUGUACAGCCGCCUGAACCUCCCCCUGCCGUAUGACCCCGAGCUUCGUGGGCACCGGAUCAACAACAUCUUCAGAAUGGCUAACUAUCGCGUCCGCACGGUCGGCAUCUCGCAGAUACGCACGACGUUUUCAGGCGAGAUGGAGCUAUCCAGCGAGUAG